AUGGUGGAAAUACAAAAGACUCCCUUCGUAAGGGAUCUCGCCUCAAGCGACAAGAAAGUCCGCGACAAAGCCGUUGAAUCACUCACAUUAUUCUUGAGCUCAAAGACCGAUCUGAGCCUUGUUGAUCUCCUCAAGCUCUGGAAAGGUCUAUUUUUCUGCUUCUUCCACUCUGACCGACCUCUCACCCAACAAGCUCUCGCUCGCGCUAUCUCCUACCACAUCGUCCCCUCCCUCCCUCAUGCUACCCUUCACCGCUUCCUGCGCGCAUUCUGGAUUACCAUCGGCCGAGACUACCACUCCAUCGACCGUCUGCGUCUGGAUAAGUACCUUUUCCUGAUCCGUUGCUACGUCGGCGUGGCAUUCGAGGUCUUCGUGAAGGGUGCCAAGAGCACAAAAGCCGAUGGCAAGAAGCGCAAGCGCGAAGACGCCGGUAAGAAGGGUAACGGAAAGAAGCAGAAGAAAGCUGAGGCCGAGACCGAGGCCGCGGAAGCCGAAGAUAAGGACGGCGAAUUGGAUGGAAAAUGGGCCGAUCUCGCCGCUUACAUUGAUAUCAUUGAGGAGGGACCUCUGUGUCCAUUGAACUACGAUGCUGAUCAGCCUGAAGAGGAUAUCGAGGCAGACUUUGUUCCCAUGCCGCAUGGGCCGGAUGGACUGCGGUAUCAUGUUAGUGAUAUUUGGAUUGAUGAGUUGGAGAAGGUUCUUGAGUUUGAAGGAGAGGAAGGCCAGCGCAAGAUUAAGGGUGAUAUCCCCAUGGAACUGAUUUUGCGGCCGCUGGAGAAGCUGCGCUCUGAGAGUGCCUAUAGGCCUGUGCGGACAAGAGUUGCUGAGGCUCUGGAUGAUGAUCGGUUGAUUGAGUGGGGAUUGCGGGUUCGGGAGAACCCUGAUGAGGAGGUAGACAGUGAUGGAGAAUGGGGUGGAUUUGAUGAUUAA